AUGUCUUUCCGCAGCAUAGUUAGUGAUGUGAGGGAUAGUUUUGGGAGCUUAUCCAGACGGAGUUUUAAUGUUAGACUAUCUGGUCAUCAUCGCGGGAAGUCCCAUGGCUCCUUUCAAGACUCUAGUGACCAACCGUUGGUAGUUCAGAACAGCCGUUGGGCUAAUCUCCCACCUGAGCUGCUUUUUGAUGUAAUUAGACGGUUAGAAGAGAGUGAGAGCACUUGGCCUGGGCGUAAGCAUGUUGUAGCAUGUUCUGCCGUUUGCAGGUCAUGGAGAAGUAUGUGCAAGGAAAUUGUAAAAAGUCCAGAGUUUUGUGGAAAGCUCACUUUCCCUGUUUCUCUUAAGCAGCCUGGUCCUCGUGACGGAACUAUCCAGUGCUUCAUCAAAAGGGACAAGUCUAAUCUAACAUACCAUCUUUUCCUGUGUCUUAGCCCUGCUUUGCUAGUUGAAAAUGGAAAGUUCCUUCUCUCUGCAAAAAGAACUCGACGAACUACGUGCACGGAGUAUGUCAUCUCAAUGGAUGCCGAUAAUAUAUCUAGAUCAAGCAGCACAUAUAUUGGAAAGCUAAGAUCAAAUUUUCUUGGUACAAAAUUCAUAAUAUACGACACACAGCCUCCAUAUACCUGUACAAACAUGCCUCCUCCUGGGCGAACAAGCCGCAGAUUCUAUUCCAAGAAGGUUUCUCCGAAAGUGCCCACAGGAAGUUAUAACAUAUCUCAGAUUACGUACGAGUUGAAUGUGCUCGGAACCAGGGGACCUAGGAGGAUGCAUUGUGUAAUGCAUUCUAUCCCUGCCUCUGCACUUGAAGCUGGUGGCUGUGUCCCUGGCCAACCAGAGCUUCUUCCAAGGUCUCUGGAGGAUUCCUUCCGAAGUAUUUCCUUUUCAAAAUCUCUUGAUCAUUCUACGGAAUUCAGCAGUGCAAGAUUUUCUGACAUUGGCAUCUCCGGCAAUGAGGAAGAAGAAGGCAAGGUGAGGCCGUUAGUACUCAAGAACAAGGCACCAAGAUGGCACGAACAAUUACAGUGCUGGUGCCUGAAUUUCCGGGGACGUGUAACCGUGGCAUCUGUCAAAAAUUUCCAGUUGAUUGCAGCCACACAACCAGUACCCGCAGCCGGUGCUGCUUCAACAGCCACCGGGGCCACCCAACCAGCUCCACCUGACCAUGAUAAAAUCAUCUUGCAGUUUGGCAAGGUGGGGAAAGACAUGUUUACCAUGGAUUACCGCUAUCCCUUAUCUGCAUUUCAGGCUUUUGCGAUCUGUUUGAGUAGCUUUGACACCAAAUUGGCUUGUGAAUAA